CCCACUCUACGUCACCAGCCUCCCGCACCGCACCGAGCCGAGUUGGAGGCGAUGGAGGAAGCGAAGGCGGCGGCGUACUACGACGAGCUCAACAGCAAGGGCGAUGGCGCCCGCCGCUUCAAGCAGGGCCUAGGCUUCUCCUCCUCCGAUCCUACCUCCUUUCCCCCCAAACCCACCGCCUCUUCCUCCCUCCUCUCGAGCUUCGUCCGCGCCGGCGCAGCCCCCGGUCCCGCACAACUCCCUAAUUACACCAAACCGCCCUCGCCGCCUACCGAGCGCCCAUCCAGCUCGCGCCACUGCUCCCGUUCACCGACCUGUACACGGUCCAGGUCCCCGUCUCGCUCGCGCAGGCGCCGGUCGAGGUCGAGGUCCCGAUCGGGAGAGCGGAGCCGCCGGUCCAGGUCGAGGGAGAGGGGGGACCGCAGGGGCUCGCGGAGGCGCUCUCGUUCGUGGUCGUGGUCGCGGUCGCCUUUUGGCCGGAGCGGCAGAAGUUCGCACUCCGAGAGCCGGCGGGAUCGGCGGCGCGACGAUGGUGGCGGCCGUGAGAGCUCGAAGGGGCGCGGGGGUAGGGAUGGCGGUAAAGUGGACUGCUCGCGGCUCAUAGAAGGAUAUGAUAGAAUGGUUGACCCGGCUGAGAGAGUCAAAGCAAAGAUGCUCUCAGAGACAGCUGCAAAAGAUUCCACUCUUGGGACUGCAACUGUGGGGUGGGAAAGAUUUGAAUUUAAUAAGGAUGCUCCCCUUGAUGAAGAUGAUGAUGAUGUUGAAGUUGCUAAUGAUGAUGCUUCACUGGUGAAGAACAUUGGAAAGAGCUUCCGACUUUCUUUUGUGGAGUCAAAGCAUGAAGAUAAAGUCAGAGAUGCACAUGAUAUGGCUAUAUUUGGAGUACCUACAACUUCAAUUGUUGAUACUGAAAUUGCUGAGGAUGAGGUUAAAACCAAUGAUGAGGGCGAGGAAGUUGAAGAUGUAGAAGCUCAGACUUGCAAUUCCCUCAUUAGCAAAAAGGUUCUGGCAAUGCAGAAAGGUUCAUGGAGAGAACGGGCUCAGAAGUUGCGGCGGGAUUCAAAUACAUGAAUUUUAUCCUUGCUGUUCUGCUCAAUUUUGACUUAACUGAUUGUGUAAUCACGAGCUGGCAGAUUGUGAAGAAUUAUACUUGAUACCUAAAGUUGAACUCGAACUCCCAUUGUAUGUAUCUUCUGUGUAACAUGUUGUUUCAUGUAUUCAUGUUUGUGUAGGAAGGCAUAGAUCGAUCCAAGCAUCCAGUAGGUCCCUUAAAAACGAAGAGUGUGCGGAUAAUGUAAGAUUUGUGCCUGUUCUAAAUUUAUUCAAGUCAGUGCAUAGAUCA